AACCACGACCAUGUACCGCGAACCAAAUCCAGCAUUCACCCAGUCGCUGCAGAAGAACGAAAUCCUGCGGGAUCUCGCCAUUUUUCGUGCAUCUGACAUAGAUCUCUCGAAGCUUAUUCCUGAUGAAAUUAAUAAAGAAACACGUCCCAGCGAGGGUGCUGACGCUGUUGAGGCGGAGGCUAUCAGGGUAUCCACCGAGCGUUCAUAUGAGUUUGUAAAGGAAACACGGGCGGUACUGGAUGCGUUCAAUAGAGGUGAUCCGGAGGCGCAAGGCAAGAAGAUAGAGGAAAUUCAAAGCAAGUUAGAAGAGGUGAUCAAGGAUUUAUCUAGUUUGAGACCUUAGGCAAAGAAUGCGCCGCUCCCCACAUCACCAUUCGCUGCUCGGUUCCAACCAAAAUUAUCGCUAUCAGUCAUAAGGUUAUCGCACAUAUCAAGCCCCAAGGAACAUCUGCUAUAUGGUCGGAUCUACCAAUUGUUGAAGCAUCAUAUGUAUGUUUC